GAGGGAAGCGAAAUGACAUUUCCUCUUUAAAUAGCUGGAGACCGGCCCCCGUGGAGAAAUGGCUGCGUCGGCAGAUUUGAGUAAGUCGUCCCCAACGCCGAAUGGGCUUCCAUCUGCAGACCCCGCCAGCGAGGCCAUGGACCCCUUCCACGCUUGCAGUAUUCUCAAGCAACUCAAAACAAUGUACGACGAGGGGCAGUUGACAGACAUUGUGGUGGAAGUGGAUCACGGGAAAACCUUUUCUUGUCAUCGAAACGUGCUUGCUGCCAUCAGCCCCUACUUCAGAUCCAUGUUCACUAGCGGCCUUACCGAAAGUACUCAGAAAGAAGUUCGGAUAGUUGGUGUUGAACCUGAAUCGAUGGGUUCAGUGUUGAACUAUGCCUACACCUCCAGAGUUGUUCUGACCGAGGCCAAUGUUCAAGCCUUGUUCACUGCAGCUAGUAUCUUCCAGAUUGCUUCCAUCCAAGACCAGUGUGCUAAGUACAUGAUCAGUCAUUUGGAGCCCCAAAACUGUAUUGGCGUCUUCAUCUUCGCUGAUCAUUAUGGUCAUCAAGAACUUGGAGAUCGAUCAAAGGAUUACAUCCGUAAGAAGUUUUUGUGUGUCACGGAGGAACAAGAGUUUCUUUAUUUGACAAAAGACCAACUCAUAAGCAUCCUAGAUAGUGAUGACUUAAAUGUAGACCGAGAGGAGCAUGUGUAUGAAAGUAUUAUAAGGUGGUUUGAAUAUGAACAGAAUGAAAGAGAAGUGCACCUUCCCGAAAUUUUUGCCAAAUGCAUACGGUUUCCUCUGAUGGAAAAUACCUUUAAAGAGAGCAUUCCCCCUCAGUUUGCACAGGCAAUCGCCCAAAGCUGUGUUGGCAAUAAGGGGCCGUUCAAAACCAAUGGCUGUACCCAGAGGCUUGGGAUGACUGCUUCUGAAAUGAUCAUCUGUUUUGAUGCUGCCCACAAACACUCAGGGAAGAAGCAAACAGUGCCUUGUCUCGAUAUCGCCACAGGAAGAGUAUUUAAACUAUGCAAGCCACCAAAUGACCUGAGAGAAGUUGGGAUUCUUGUGUCCCCAGAUAAUGACAUUUACAUUGCAGGAGGGUACAGGCCCAGCAGCAGUGAGGUCUCCAUUGACCACAAGGCAGAAAAUGAUUUCUGGAUGUAUGAUCAUGCUGCCAACCGAUGGCUGCCCAAGCCACCCUUGCUCCGGGCCAGAAUAGGCUGCAAGCUGGUGUAUUGCAGUGGUAAAAUGUAUGCAAUCGGAGGCCGUGUUUAUGAAGGCGAUGGACGAAACUCCCUGAAAUCAGUGGAGUGCUACGACAGCAGAGAGAACUGUUGGAGGACCGUUUGCGCAAUGCCUGUUGCAAUGGAGUUUCACAAUGCGGUGGAGUACAAAGAGAAGAUCUAUGUGUUACAGGGAGAAUUUUUCCUCUUCUAUGAACCACAAAAAGACUACUGGGGUUUUUUAACUCCCAUGACUGUGCCUAGAAUCCAGGGCUUAGCAGCUAUAUAUAAGAACUCUAUCUACUACAUAGCUGGGACCUGUGGAAAUCACCAACGUGUGUUUACUGUAGAGGUCUAUGAUAUUGAACUAAAUAAAUGGACUCGCAAGAAGGAUAUUCCAUGCAACCAGUCUAUAAAUCCAUACUUUAAACUGGUACUCUUCCAAAAGAAACUCCACCUGUUUGUUAGAGCUACUCAAGUGACCGUGGAAGAACAUGUCUUCAGAACCAGCAGAAAAAAUACCCUUUACCUGUAUGAUGAUGUCACUGACGAGUGGAUGGAAGUGUAUGAGACCCCAGAUCGGCUGUGGGACCUUGGCCGGCAUUUUGAAUGUGCUGUUGCUAAACUCUAUCCUCAAUGUCUUCAAAAAGUACUUUAAUUGGAGGAGGCCUUGGUGAGUUUGCUGGCCCCUCAUACAUGAGGAAGCUUGUCUUAACAGCGAUACAAGAUGCAGUCAGUAUUUAAGAGAGCCAAGAGAAGAGUUUUGUAUAUGGCAAUGGGUGCUCUUCAAGCUUAGUGUAGGGUGGGGUUUGUUGUUAUCCUUGUGAUGUUUUCAUUUCAGUAAGGCAAAGGUAACAAAGUGCAAUUAUCAGCUUUUUUUUUUUUUUCAGGUUUAAAAGUAAUCCUUUCAUCCUAGAAUUUUGUGAUACACUGAGACUCCAGUCUUGUAAGAGCAGCUAAGGUAUUACCAGGUAGAGACACCCCAACUAGUUUUACCUGACUUUUAAUUCUAAAUACGGGUAAAUAAUAUGAGGCAAUAUCACUAGGACUUGGUUUUAGCUGUGACCUCUCCAACAAAGGAGCACUAACUCUAAUCCUCAUUCUUUAUAUUUGUGUACUUUUUUUAAGUGUCCUAAGAUUGAAGUGUGUAGUGGUAUUGGAGCAAAUUGAAGGAAAAACAGAGCAAUUUCAGAAAGUUAGGAGUCUGAUUGACAUAUCUCAUGUAAUUUUUAAGUUAUGCUGUUGUAGGUAGUUAACAGUUUUCUGUCAAUGACCUUUUCAAGUGCUAACAUUGUCCCUCCUAAUGUUUUUCUUUAACCCCCUCAAAGGGCUCAAAUUCACAGGUGGCUGGUGCUAGUGUACGGUACUUCAUAGGUGUAGCUAGAUUGGUUUUCAGUUGUCUGAGCCAGCAGUUUUCUUUGAAGUUGGGAUGGUAGUUUCAUGGUCCUGGUGCUUGUUGGACAGAACUCGUGUUAUUUCACAAGACUUUCUAGUCUUGUGGUCAAGUAGUCAAGUCCUUGAUCUACCUGGACGCAGUCUUAAAUCGUGAGAAAUGAUGCUCAGUUUGCACUACCAUGGGCCAUUUUGUUGCCUGGCCUGCUUUUCCAUCCUCUACCUAUAAGAUACCGUAUUCUUCCCCCAUACAGAACAUAAUGUGAAGUUUCACCCUCACUUUUAAAAUUCUGUUUUCUGGAAAUAGAUUCCUGCAGUGGUCUAAUUUAAUUACUAAUAUCUUAUACGUGACCGUUAAAACCAUUUUUGUUUUCAUUUUUGCAUUUAACAGUGAUGGAUAUUUUGCCGUUGUUCUAUCUGAAGAUGAUUGAAAAGGAAAAAUGUAUGUGAAUCAAACCAUAGCAUUAUAGACUCCAAAUAAUUUUGCAUUUUUAACCGACAAAUUUCUAGUUACCAGCUAGGAAUAUUAACAGGAAGGGCAACCCAACUCAUUUGUAAAACCUAAAGCAGAUAUUGUUGAGGAGUUACUUGGACCACAAUCUGAAAGGUUUGUGGUGCGAAACCGCCAGCCACACCAAGGGAGAAAGGCGGGCCUUUUCUACUCCCCUAAAGGUUAGUCUCGGAAACUGACAAGGGCAAUUCUGAAUG